CAGAAAUGGCCAAAAACCCAUCAGCCAACUCUGUAGUAAUCAAAAACCCAUUUCAGAAUCCUUUCGAUUCUUCUAUAAUUCACCACCAGUUGGAGCAAUUCGUAGUCUUUCCUUCUUCAAUUGCUUAAGCUUUUCGCUGGUAUUCGCCUCCCAGAAUUCAGAAACAUGUCUCAGUUUGGGAAUGCUUCUGCUGUUAACAUUAGUGGACAAAGCAAAGUCUUGAGUUCUUUAGACUGGCGUUCAACAUGGAGAGACAGUUCUUAUGCUGUUCAGAGGCAAACCCACAAAUUGUCAUUUGCAAAGAGUCAUUCUAUGGGUCAUAGACUGAAAACAUCUAAUGUACACUUUAAUGGGAUGAGACAGCAGAAGGAUGAUGCACACUUAUUGAAGGUGGUUUGCAUCGACUACCCAAGACCGGAGAUUGAUGGUGCUGUUAAUUUCCUGGAAGCUGCUUCGUUAUCUUCAUCCUUUCGCUCUUCCACCCGUCCUGAGAAACCAUUGAAAAUUGUAAUUGUUGGUGCAGGUUUGGCUGGAUUAUCAACAGCAAAGUAUUUGGCCGAUGCUGGCCACAAACCUAUAUUGUUAGAAGCACGAGAUGUUUUAGGUGGAAAGUUGGCUGCAUGGAAAGAUGAGGAUGGAGAUUGGUAUGAGACAGGACUACACAUAUUCUUUGGGGCUUACCCAAAUGUGCAGAAUCUUUUUGGAGAACUUGGCAUAAAUGACAGACUUCAAUGGAAGGAACAUUCUAUGAUUUUUGCAAUGCCAAAUAAGCCUGGAGAAUUCAGCCGAUUUGACUUCCCAGAUGUUUUGCCAGCACCAUUAAAUGGGAUAUGGGCCAUCUUAAGGAACAAUGAAAUGCUUACAUGGCCUGAAAAGGUCAAAUUUGCAAUUGGUCUGUUGCCAGCUAUGAUAGGUGGACAAGAUUAUGUGGAGGCUCAAGAUGCUUUUAGUGUUAAAGAAUGGAUGCUAAAACAAGGUGUACCAGAACGUGUAACUACUGAAGUUUUUAUUGCCAUGUCAAAGGCUUUAAACUUCAUUAACCCUGACGAGCUCUCAAUGCAGUGUAUUUUGAUUGCUCUUAAUCGGUUUCUUCAGGAAAAACAUGGUUCAAAAAUGGCUUUCUUGGAUGGUAAUCCUCCCGAAAGGCUCUGCAUGCCUAUUGUUGAUUAUAUUCAGUCACUUGGUGGUGAAGUUCGACUGAAUUCACGAAUCCGCAAGAUUGAGUUAAAUAGUGAUGAAACUGUGAAGAGCCUUAUACUAAAUGAUGGAAGUGUUAUUGAAGGAGAUACAUAUGUAUUUGCUACCCCAGUUGACAUCUUCAAGCUUCUUAUACCUGGAGAGUGGUCAGAGAUUCCUUACUUCAGAAAAUUGGAUAAGUUGGUUGGAGUACCUGUCAUUAAUGUUCACAUAUGGUUUGACCGAAAACUAAAGAACACUUAUGAUCAUCUACUCUUUAGCAGAAGUCCGCUUCUCAGUGUUUAUGCCGAUAUGUCAUUGACAUGCAAGGAAUAUUACAACCCGAAUCAAUCCAUGUUGGAAUUGGUUUUUGCCCCUGCUGAGGAAUGGAUCUCACGCAGUGACUCUGACAUUAUUGAUGCCACAAUGAUGGAGCUUGCAAAGUUAUUCCCUGAUGAAAUUGCCGCUGAUCAGAGCAAAGCAAAAAUAUUGAAGUACCAUGUGGUCAAGACACCCAGGUCUGUCUAUAAAACUGUCCCAGAUUGUGAACCUUGUCGUCCAAUUCAAAGAUCUCCAAUAGAAGGAUUCUAUCUAGCAGGUGAUUACACAAAACAAAAGUAUCUGGCUUCAAUGGAAGGUGCUGUGCUCUCGGGAAAGCUAUGUGCGAAAGCCAUUGUACAGGAUUACGAGUUGCUUAAUUCUCGGAGGCUAAAGAAGAUAGCUGAACCGAGCCUUGCAUGAUCGAAAGGUCUAGUGGUGCAGUAAAUUAGUGCUAAAAGAUAGAACAAUAAUAAUUUAUAGAAGUUAAAAUUUCCUGAUUUCAUUUCAAAAUUGAUGAAGUUUGGUUUUGGAUAUUUAUAUUGGAUGCAAAAUAUGUUUCCCCUUUUG